AUGUUUGCAGAGAACCUGGAAGAUGCCACUGUGAUCGACUCACAAGCACCGCCUUCGGAUACCCGUAACUGUGAACCAGCAGCCGCCUCACAAUCGAAGAAAACGUCAAUCCUUCUAAACGCCGAUGAGAAGUCUCCUAUAAAUGAGGAUGAAAUCACGAAGGUGACAGAGCCUUCUAAAGUUGUUCUACCCGGCUCGAAGGAAGCGUUCAGUGGCAUCAUCAAAGAACGAAACGUGGAAGUUUUUACUGCGAGCGAUGUUCCUGCAGCCAUCACGCAACCGUCAACCUCUAAACCACAGUCUUUAUUCAGAAUGAAGAGAUUACAUAAUAAUAUGUGA